AUGACAUUCUCUCGCAUCUUCCGCAUCGCCGGGAAACUCCCCGGAGGCCACCAUCCCUCUCGCCAUGUCUACCGAAAAAUCUCUUCUAUCAAAGAACAGACCUCGACUCCAUCUACUCAUAAAGCUCCAAACUUUACUCCCCAAAAACCAUCCCACACUCCCCUCGAAACCCAACUCAAACUCUCCCAAGACUCCGACAAACUCUGCAAACUCCUCUCCCAAUCCACAAACCCAACAACCCCCCUCGAAACCCUCCUCUCCCAAUCCUCAAUCACCCUCUCCCCACCCCUCCUCGAAGAAACACUAAAAAAACUAACCAACGCAGGAGCCUUAGCCUUCUCCCUCUUCAGACACGCAGAGACCCACCAACCCAAUUACAAACACACAACCUCCACUUACAACUCCCUCAUCGAGUCCCUAGGCAAGAUCAAACAGUUCAAACUCAUAUGGACCUUAGUAGACGAAAUGAAAGACAAGAGGCUUUUGAGCAAAGACACGUUCGCCUUGAUCUCGAGACGUUACGCACGUGCGAGGAAAGUUAAGGACGCUAUCAGGGCCUUUGAGAGGAUGGAGGAGUUUGGUUUUACGAUGGAAAGUGGGGAUUUUAAUCGGUUGCUUGAUACUUUGAGUAAAUCAAGAAACGUUGGUGAUGCACAGAAGGUGUUCGAUGAAAUGAAAGGGAGGAGGUUUGAGGUUGAUGUUAAGUCUUAUGCGAUUUUACUUGAAGGGUGGGGUCAGGAGAUGAAUCUUUUGAGAGUUGGUGAGGUUUAUGGGGAGAUGAAGGAGGAGGGUUUUGAGCCUGAUGUUGUUACUUAUGGGAUUGUUAUUAACGCGUAUUGUAAGGCUAAGAAGCUUGAUGAGGCUGUUGGGUUUUUUGAUGAGAUGGAGAUGAGGAGUGUUGAGCCGAGUCCUCAUGUUUUCUGUAGUUUGAUUAAUGGGUUUGGUUCAGAGAGGAAGUUAAACCGAGCCCUUGAGUUCUUCGAGAGAUCGAAGAACUCGGGGUUUCCUCUUGAAGCUCCUACUUACAACGCGUUGGUAGGAGCUUAUUGUUGGUCACAGAGGGUUGAAGAGGCUUUUGAGGUUGUGGAAGAGAUGAGGUUAAAAGGGAUUGGACCAAAUGCUAGAACUUAUGAUAUAAUCUUACAUCAUUUGGUUAGAUUGCAGCGGACGAAAGAAGCGUAUGAGGUUUUUCAGAAGAUGAGUUGUGAACCGACGGUGAGUACUUACGAGAUUAUGGUGAGGAUGUUUUGUAAUAAAGAGAGGUUGGAUAUGGCGAUUAAGAUUUGGGAUGAGAUGAAAGGGAAAGGUGUUCUUCCUGGGAUGCAUAUGUUCUCUAGUUUGAUUACGGCUUUGUGUAAUGAGAAUAAGUUAGAUGAGGCUUGUGUGUAUUUUAAUGAGAUGUUGGAUGUGGGUAUUAAGGCACCGGUGCAUAUGUUUAGUCGGCUUAAACAAGCGCUUCUUGAUGAAGGAAGGAAAGAUAGAGUUGCAGAGUUGGCUGUGAAGAUGGAUAGGCUGAGAAAAACUCAACUCCUUGGCUGAAACGGGUUUUCUUCAACGGCUAUGUUUUUUUUUUCUUCUUGCUCGUGUCUUUUUGCUACAUUUUGUUUCAUCUUUUUGGAGGAGUGGAUUGUUGUGACCUACGAUCUAUCUAAAU